CAUUGAGCGGCCAUGGCAAAGCAUGCGUAUCUCGUUUCCCAUCAACCCAUUGUGGCUCAGCGCCCGCAGCUCCACAAUACACCCACAAGCAAGCGGCAGUGGCGUCCCCAUAAACCCGACGUCAACGGUCGCUCGGUCGAACGACUGACCCUCAUAUUUCAAAAAUAGCAGCAGAUUCCAGCAGCUUGGCAGUGCAAUUGAUGAGCAGGCUGCAGCAGCUGAUAAGUAGCGACGAUCCACCAGGCCAACAAGCUCAUGACCGUCAAGAACGAAAGCAAAAAGGAAAAAAGCCGUUGUUAAGAUCGGCAGCGCAGCGCAAAUACCACUGCAAACGCAUCACACGACAACGACGACACAGCAGGCCGAAUCCGCCCGGCCCGGCCACGCCAAAAAACGAGUUGCGAGGCCAACGCAUCAGCCGCGCAACGUCAAUAGGGUCGAAGCGCGGCGGUGAAGAGGGCGUUGAAACGGCCAGACCAAGAGACUGUGCAAAACAAGCUCAGGGUGGGUCGGCAGAUUCGGCACGGAGCGAGCGCCACAGGGCAAAACCGGUUGGUGGCGAGGCGAUCGCUGCCUGUUCCUGGCCUGGGAGCCGACGCCGGCAAUCCUUCCAAGGAAGACCUGAGGAUGACGUCGGUAGGCGAGCCCCCUGGGUAUAAGGGCUGGUUGCGCUUGCUCGAGCUACGGGUGAGCGUGCUUAUCGAGGACCUGCCUGUUGGUUUCGUUUGAGCUGUUUCUUUGGGCUGGUUUCGUCUGCUUGUGGAGUGAGAA